UCUCUCUUCUUCUUCUCUCUUCAUGUUAUUUUACUAGAGCAUGUCAAUUUAGGCAACGUGGUUUCUGCUUUUCAUUUUCUUUUCUUUUUUAGUUUUUUCAUUGUUUUGCUGUUUGGAUAUUGACGGUCAAGGUACACGGAUGCAAAUGCUCGAGAGGAAAUUUCGUUCCAAGUUUCUUAUGUAGUGUGUAUUAGUGUUUCUGAACUAUCAUAAGGAAAACAAACUUUUUAGGAGUGGGCAUGGGAGGUGGAAAACGUGUUGAUAGUUAGAAAGUUAGGAAGUUAACAGAAAAUUUUGCGGAGUUGGUGGAAUGGGCUCAUUUGUACAGCAUGAGCAAAAAAAAAGAGGUUUUCUAGAGGAUUCACUUGUUGAUAAGUGAGAGUUUUGCCCGCACCUGAUGUCCCUUCUUUCUUUGUUUCUUCUUGACCACUUGUAUAAAGCCUUAUUGGUAAGUGAACUGAUUCUUUUUGUUUUUAUCAAUAUAUAUAGUCAAGUUGUCCCAAAUUGUCAGGGCGAAAUGAUGAAGUGAUUGAAUUGCCCAUCCACCACGCCUAAAAUGCUGAUAUUUCUUUUAUUCACAAUUGGUUAGAUGAUAGAACACUAGGUGCUUUGGAUAGAGUUCUUUGGCACCUAUGCUUCAACCUUUUUAUCCGUCUGUAGAGGUGAACAAAAGGUGACAAAUUCUACCUUCUUGUUUUAUCUAUCAAUCAAUCAAUCACUGAUAAAGGUUAAUGGUUUCCUUUUAAGAAUAAGGUGCUAUACCCCAUCGCUUGACGAGUUUUCUUAUUGAAGUACAAGCUUUUUUUUUGCCUACCUAGGAUUUAUGAUCAAUUUCAUUAUGGAUACUAUGGUUGAUGACAUGAUACCCCUUUUUUGAAGAUGAUGUUGUCUGGUUGUGAUGAAUCAAUCAACCCAAAUCUACACCAAGCACGACUAGUAGGAGAAAGACAUAAAAAAGCACAAAAGAAACAACAGGCACUGAGAAAUGGAUGACAAUAGAGACAAAUCGAUUAUGGGAAGUGCUGUAUUGAAUGCCCCUUUAUUCGAUGAAGCAGGACAUUGGCUUUUCAUUUUAUCCUAUCUUACGGUUAUUGCUGUUGGAAUCCUGAUGACAUUGUUUCUUAUGAAUCAAUUGAAGGCGAAUAUUAGUUUAAGCUUGAUGAAGGCCAUCAGAUCAAGAUCAAAGAAGAAUAGAAAAGCUAAAAAUAGAGCUCCUGGAUCUGCACAUGUAUGGAAAGUAGAACCUUGUUCUCGGUCAAGAGGACUUAAGUGCAUUGUAUGCUUAUAUUCUGUAUCACCAUCUCAAUCACCAGAUGAGAGCAUCUAUCGCUGUGAUAUCUGUAGUGCUGCUGCACACUUGUCUUGCUUGUCGAACACUUAUGAAGACUGUAAAUGUGUGUCUAUGAUUGGUUAUAAGCAUGUAAAGCACCAAUGGGCUGUACAAUGGGCUGAAAUAGCGGAUCAACCUGAAGAAACUUCUUUCUGCAGUUAUUGUGAAGAACCUUGCAGUGGGUAUUUGCUAGGUGGCUCACCCUUUUGGUACUGUAUGUGGUGUCAAAGGCUAGUGCACAUCAACUGCCAAGCUAGUUUUGCCCAUGAGAACGGUGACUCCUGUGACUUGGGUGCUCUGAGGAGGCUUAUACUUUCACCUCUUUAUGUAAAAGACUUGAGCAAAUCUGGAACUGGAGGGCUUUUAAGCUCUCUGACUCAUGGGGCAAAUGAGUUAGCAUCUACAGUACGUGAACGUCUUAGGAAUCAUAGUAAGAAACAUAAGAAAUACAAGGAAAUAUCCAUUGAUUCAGGUGAUAUAAACAUGGAUUUGUGCAAGUCAAGCAAUGGGGGUUGUUUAAACUCUGAAGGUACAAUGAAUAUUAAUCACCAAAGUCAGAAUAUCAAUUCAUGCACAGACCCAAAUUCUGAAAUUUACAGGUCAACAUCUAAUAAUGGUGACUGUCACAGAGGAAAUAAUCAGAAAUAUGAACUUCUGGAGUUGCCUUCAGAUGCUAGACCGUUGGUUGUCUUCAUCAACAAGAGAAGUGGUGCUCAGCAUGGUGAUGCACUAAUGCGGCGUUUAAAUAUUCUUCUAAAUCCUAUGCAGAUCUUUGAAUUAAGCUGGGAACAUGGACCAGAGGAAGCACUCUCUUUGUUCAACAAGGUACCAAAUUUCAGGAUUCUCAUUUGUGGCGGAGAUGGUACAAUUGGUUGGGUUCUCAGUGCAAUUGACAAACUAAAAUUUGAAUCACCUCCGCCUAUUUCAAUCCUUCCAGCUGGUACUGGUAAUGAUCUUGCAAGAGUCUUAUCAUGGGGUGCUGGUCUUGGCGCCAUUGAGAAGAAUGGAGGUUUAUUCAAAAUUUUGCAAGAUAUAGAACAUUCUGCUGUCACCCUUCUUGAUAGAUGGAAAAUAACAACUGAAACUGCACAAAAUGGUCUUUCUCAAUCUCCAAAGUUUAUGAAUAACUAUCUUGGCAUUGGAUGCGAUGCUAAGAUUGCUUUAGACAUCCAUAAUCUGCGUGAGGAAAACCCUGAAAAGUUCUACAACCAGUUUAUGAACAAAAUGUUGUACGCAAGAGAAGGAGCAAAGAACCUGAUGGAUAGGACAUUUGCUGACUUUCCCUUGCAAAUCAGAUUAAUGGUAGAUGGGGUGAAGAUUGAAAUUCCUCAGGAUUCAGAAGGUAUCCUUGUGGCUAAUAUUGGCAGCUACAUGGGAGGGGUUGAUUUAUGGAAAAAUGAAGAUGGGAAUUAUGACAACUUUAGACCACAAUCAAUGCACGAUAAGUUGCUGGAAGUUGUUUGUUUCACUGGAACAUGGCACUUAGGAAGGCUUCAGGUAGGGCUUUCUCGGGCUAGAAGGCUUGCACAAGGGCGUUUUAUCAAGAUCCAUCUUGUUGCUUCUAUGCCUGUUCAAGUGGAUGGGGAGCCAUGGUAUCAGCAACCCUGCACCCUGGAAGUAUCUCAUCAUGGCCAGGUCUUCAUGUUGAAGAAUGUAUCAGAGGAGCCUCUCGGCCAUGCUGUAGCCACCAUCACUGAUAUUCUUGAAACUGCUGAAAUUAAUGGAAUUAUCACAGCGAAACAGAAAAAAUCUCUUCUUCAGGAGAUGGCCUUAAGGCUCUCUUGAGAUCUACAGCCCUGCAAUCUGCGAGUCCUCAAUUUUUCUGGUAUUAGUUAUUUCAAGGGCUUCUUAGAUCAUCUAUACUGCAACAAGGCACAAGUGCAAUCCUCGUGGAGAAAUGAAUGAAGAUACUCAAAUCCUUCUGAUUAUAUUGUAGAGCAUUAAGUUUGUAUAAACAAAAGGUGACGACAGGUGACUGUGAUGUAUAUACAACUGAGAUUGUUAUGUACAAUAUUUUGGUUUUGCGUAGACGUCAAUUCAGCUCA